UUAUUAUAGCGGCACAGUUAUUCUUGAACACGGUAUUCUGAAUUCUGUUUAUUCGUCAAAUAUAGAGUAAAUUUGCUUCAUUCAGAGGAGAAUUCGUUUGGACAUAUUACUGCAUGGACUUAGACAGGGUUCAUCGCUAGCUAAACCGACGAAUGGGUAGUCUAUUGUCCUUUAAUUCAAUCAGAAGACAUUGUGCACGGGAGGUGGGGCUACUGGAGAUACAAUACACGCAUAAAUUCAUUUCGUUUGUCCGUAAAACCAGAAGUGUCCAGCACUACAUGUGACGUAGAAAAUGAGUGAUUCCGAAAAACAGAGCAUUUCCCUGAAAGAAAAAGAUGGAGUGGAGAAGAGAGGACGAGGAAGACCGAGAAAACAUCCAAAGGAAUCCGGUGGAUCCCCAGUUCCAAAAAGACCACGAGGGAGGCCAAAAGGAAGCAAAAACAAAGGACCCUCCAAGAAAAAAGCAGUAUCAUCAUCACAAAUGAAGCUGAAGGGGAAGCCCAAGAAGGAGGAAAAGGAGGAUCAGGCAUCUCAAGAGUCCUCUGAAGAAGAAGAGGAGGAUGAAGAUGAGGAGCAGUAACUACCUCAUUCUCAGCACUACCUCUUAAUGAGACACUCAACCUGGCACCAUUAACUAUUAUAUUACCCAUGUCUGUAAUGAGGGAAUGUCAUUUGCUCACUUCCCUUCCACUUCUUUACAGGACUGAUGUAUAUCAAAUAUUCUGUCUCUCUAUAAUGCAAUCAGUAAAAAGCAGAAUAAUUUUAGAAAUCUGUGAAUUAGAAUGCAUAAGUGUUUAGUACAUUAAUGGUGCUUAAUGAGUGCUUUCCUACUUUUUUGUUUGGGUUGGCUUUUAUGUAUUUGAUGUGGCUUCUAAGGUGGGGACUGUAGAAUUAGAAAAAGCAAGCUCUAUGUUCUGACUGUGGUGUGUAGUGGUCUAUAGUUUUAGUGGAGGGCUUUCUGCAUAAAUGCAGCUGAUUUUAAAGAUUUUAAUACUCCUGCAGCAUAGACUAACUAGAUUUUAUUUGAUUAGAUUUUCUUUUUUAUAUAUAUCUUGAUGAUUAAAUAUUGGACAGUUGUUGAAGGUUUGGAAUGUAUUUUGAGAGAUAAACUGACCAUGCAUAAAAGAGUUUAGAUUAUGAUGAACCAUUUUCAGCGUUUGUCAGCUGUAAUAGUGCAGUAGGGGGCAGAUAGCUCAAGAAUAAUUCUCACUUCUAGUACAUUCCAGUAGCACUUAUUUUUUGCGACCAAAUUCAAUGGAUUAUUCUUGUAUCCUUUUUUUUUUUCAUUGACAAAUUCACCACAUUUAUAUUUGUUUCCAGCAGGUGACUUUUCUAGCACAAGGCAAAAGGACACAUUAGGAAAACUUAGAAUCUUUAGAAACUUAGAGUCUUUAGUAUCAUGUAUUUGUUCAAAACAGUUCUUUAAAAGAUAGUUCUUUACAACUGCCAAUUUAUGGGUCCCUCCAAAUACUACUGGGAGUUACGAUGAACACUUGUGAAAUAAUGCUCACUUGAGCAACAAUACCUCAGUACCAUGGCUUGUGUUUGGGGCAAGCUCACGUUUUGUUGUAGUAAUGACUGUUUUUACUCUGGGCUUACAUUACACAUUUCAUCCAUCCUAUUCUCUGAACCAUUGCAACAAUAUGCAUUAGCCACCUCAGGAAUUACAGUGUACAGAUGGGCAGCAAAGGACCGAGGUAGGGUUCAGAUAGCACUGAUAACGUCUUUAUAGAAUAUGUUUAACCUUUCACUCGAAAAUAGCCUUUGCCGUGCACCUAUUUUUGAAGCAGCUGAGAAAUUGUCUACAAACCUUUUUUUAGGCUUAUACCACAUUUUGUUUAUGCAGCGGCAGGAUAUACAGGCUAUUUAUUUCACGGUAAAUUGAGAAUUAAAUUGUACCUGUGUAGCAUGUUGUGUUGUUAAUAAAAAUACAUUUUCUCAU